AUGCGCUCCUUUUCUCUCUUUGUGUCCUUGUCGGCAGCCGCUGGCGCUCUCGCUGCUUUUGGAGAGCUCCCGGCCAAUGUUCCACGAAAUGUCGACGAAUUUCGAGACAAGCAUCCCUACAAGCCAUCCCCAGGGUGUGGCGGCGGUGACCGUCCCAUUGUCACUAUCCGCGACUCCAAGAAUGAUACGGAUGAUGUCGCCGACGAGUUUUACGCCGGUCUACAAGAGGCCAACAAUGGCGGAACCCUCCAGCUCGAAAAGGACAAGCUAUACAUAAUUGGCAAACCCCUCGACCUGACCUUUUUGAAUAAUGUGCAAGUUCAAUGGGACGGUGAGGUCAAGUUUACCAAUGACACUCCUUACUGGCAGGCCAAUGCCUUUGCACAUCCGUUCCAGAACUCGCUCAUGUUUUGGAAGUGGGGAGGCAAGGACGUCAAGAUCUUUGGUGAGGGCGUGCUCAAUGGCAAUGGCCAACGAUGGUGGAACGAAUUUGCGGGUCUCGAGAUCUUGGACCCAGACAAUGAAUACCUCCGACCCAUUCUGUUUUACGCCGAGAAUGCGACCAACUUUGCCAUGGAAGGCAUUCACGAAAAAGACUCUCCCUGCUGGACCAAUUUCAUCGUCACCUCUCAGGGCGUUUCAUUCAAAAACGUCAUUGUGACUGCCGAGUCCAACAACGCUUCUGCCCUCCCAAAGAAUACCGACUUUUUCGACUCUCUAAACGUUGUCGACUUGACUGUAGAACAAGUAUGGGUCAACAUUGGCGACGAUUGCUUCUCGCCCAAGUCCAACGCCACCAAUAUUCACGUCGACACCAUGUACUGCAACGGAACUCACGGCCAGUCAAUGGGAUCUGUUGGUCAGUACGAGGGUGAAUACAGCUUUAUUCAAGACGUUGUCAUUGAAAAUGUGUGGCUACUCAACGGUCAACACGGCGCACGCAUCAAGACUUGGGCCGGCCCAGACGUUGGCUACGGUUUUGUCAACAACAUUACCUUUCGGAAUUUCUGGCAGGCAAACAAUGAGUACUCGGCCUUUCUUGACUCGUGCUACUUUAACAUCAAUGCCUCAACCUGCGCUGCCUACCCAUCGCAAAUGAACAUUACCAACGUUCUCUUUGAAAACUUUUCGGGCUACACGUCUGGCAAAUACGGCACGGCAGUAGCGUCUCUGACCUGCUCGACGAACCCGAAUGCAGUGUGUGACAAUAUCCAAUUCAAAAACUUCAACAUCACGUCCCCAUGCGGUGACGCUGUCAUAAUAUGUGAUGGUAUCAAGGGAGGGCUUGGCGACGACUAUCCCUGCGUCUCCAAGAACACCACAGAGGCCACCGCCGCACUCGCCGCCACGUGCUCUGUGCCUCUGGCCACGAGCACUGUUACCCCAUGGUAG